AUGGCGCCAGAAAGAACGCGAGAUGCAGGUGGAGGCGGAGCAAACGCGAGGCCGUGCGAGCAUUUCUCUUCGUCGCGCUGCGACGACGACGACGAUGCGACGCCGCGGCCGAGCGCGCCCAUGGACCGGUACGCCGAGCGAGGAAGCCUGCAGGCGGUGCCCGAUGCAGCGGACGGAAGAGGCAAUACUCAAACGUGGAGGAAGACACCGUCGACUCACUUUGUCGGCUCUUCGUCGGGCAUCUAUUUCAACAAGACGGUCCUCUCCUCGUUUGCGCCCUCGAGCAGCGCAUCAACCACGGGCGCAUUCGACCAGGUCUUUGUCCUGAGCGAGGACGACCCCAGCUCGAAACAAGCAUCGAGAAUAGAGGAGGCUGACACACGGCCUGAGUCGUUGCUGCCAUUUCUGCGCGGGAAUGCCGCACCUCUGCCGACACUCGGGCGAGGAGUGGCCUGCGCCAGGCGCUACUUUAAAACGUGGCACCACCUCCUGCCAAUGAUCGAUGGCAAGGCCUUUCUCGCCGAUCUGCGCUGUCUCCUGUCGCCUUUCGACACCCUCGAUCGUGACUCCAUAGACAGGCGCGCGCGCCUCAGCGCGUCCUACGCAUACACAGCCACCGUCCGCGCCGUCUUGAGCCUGGCCCAGACCACAGUUGACGGGCCGAGCGACUGGUCAUCGAGGGAACUAGCAGGGCUGUCCCUUACCAGCGCAGGACAGGUCCUGUGCUACCUGCCGCACCUCAUCGCCGCCUCGCACCACGACAACCUCGGCGCGAUCCAGGCCAUGCUCGCCCUCGAGCUCUACCUCGUCGUCACCUUCCGCCUGCGCGCAGCCCACCAGCUCGGCGCCAUCGCCGUCCGCCUGGGCCAGGACGCCGGCCUGCACCGCUGUCCGAGCCGGUACGCCAUCUUUGCCAAGAACCCUGCGUCGAUUGUGAUGCGCAAGCGAAUCUGGUUCUCCCUCGUCAGCCUCGACCGCUUCACGACGCAGCAGCUCGGCAUGCCGUUUGCCGUCCACGAGGACGACUUUGACGUGUGUCCGAUUUUGUCUGUCGAGAGGCAUGCGCCGCCUCCUUCUUCGUCUUUGUCUUAUCAUUGGACGACCACCAAGACUCAGGACGAUGAAGUCGAAGCGAUGCGGCAGGAAGCCAAGUGCGCUACGCUGCAGUCCUUUGCCAGUCUGCAGCGCCUGAAUGCGAGGUGCGCUGAAAUCUUUAAUCAGAACAUCGAUCAUAGAAACGUCGAUGACUCACAGGUAGCGUCGCUGCGCAUUGAUCUCGAGCGAUGGUGGAAUGAGCUGCGCUUGGGCGACGACGUCGACGACGUCGUCGAUAAACAGCGACCAGCGCAGGGAUCUGCUGUGGAAGAACAAUCCUCCUUCUUUCGCGUGGGCUACCACCAGGCGCUGCUCAAUCUCGAGAGACCCACAUUGAGCCAACAGCCAGGGCUUCCUGCAUUUCGGCUCGCAAUGCAGUCGGCCAUUCGGUCCGCGUGCGAGAUUGUCAAGCAGCUCCACCGUGAGCUGUCUCCGGGUUCCGCUCCUUCUCGAUCUGGCACCCCCUCGCUCGCGACGCGCUGGCCAGGCUUCGUCAGUGCUGCCUACCUCUCUGCGCUUGUGCUGGCCUAUGCGGCACGCAACGACGAGUUCGAUCGCGACCUGGCCACGCGCUACCUGAACGCUGCCGUCGCUAUUCUAGAUGCCUUUGGAAGACGAUGGAAGGGGGCAAAGUCGCAUGCCUCGGUGGCCAAGGUGCUCCUCGAGCAUGUUGGGACCUGGUCUGGAUCAGCAUCUUCUAGGGCCAGGAAGAGGCCGUUGUCCGCGGCGGAGUCGCGAGACGGCGGCAAACAGCUGCAAAAGCUACUGCGGCAGCAGUGGGGCCAUCUCUUGUGUCGCCACCUGCGGUACCAUCAGCAGCAGCACCAGCAGCACCAGCAGCAGUGGCAGCAACAGAUGCAAUAA